AUGGCCUUCAUUCAAGAGUACGAUCCCCGCAAGAUCCUCGACCACCCGGACUUUAGAGUUCUCGCGGAGGGGGAGAAGCCUGCUCCGGAUGCUAAUAUCGCGGCUUUCUACAACCCCAAACACGAAGUUCAUCUUGUACAGAAACCGCGCUUGAAGCCAGGCCCUGGGCAAGUGCUAGUGCACGUAAGAGCAACGGGGAUCUGUGGGAGUGAUGUUCACUUUUGGAAGCAUGGCAGAAUUGGCGACUCAAUGAUCGUGACGGACGAAUGUGGGUCUGGCCAUGAAUCCGCCGGUGAGGUCCUCGAAGUAGGCGAGGGCGUUACGCAAUGGAAGGUUGGCGAUCGAGUCGCGAUCGAGGCUGGCGUUCCGUGUUCUCAACCGUCCUGUGAAUUCUGUCGCACCGGAAGAUACAACGCCUGUCCUGAUGUGGUCUUCUUCUCUACGCCUCCGUUCCAUGGAACUCUCACCCGAUUUCAUCUCCACCCAGCCCAGUGGUUACAUCGGCUUCCGGAUAACGUGUCUUUCGAAGAGGGAGCCUUGUGCGAACCACUCGCAGUCGCGCUGGCCGGGAUUGAGCGUUCAGACCUGCGUCUAGGCGACCCAGUCCUCAUCUGUGGUGCAGGACCCAUCGGGCUGGUAUCCCUCCUAUCUGCUCGUGCAGCCGGUGCAGAACCAAUUGUCAUCACUGACCUCUUCCAAUCACGUCUGGACUUUGCUAAAUCCAUGGUGCCAGGCGUUCGUACCGUCCUCAUCGAGCGUGGUCUAGGACCGAAGGAACAGGCUGAGAAGAUCAAAGCAGUAGCCGACGGAAAUGUUAAACUUGCUUUAGAGUGUACUGGUGUGGAGAGUAGUAUCCACACAGCUAUCUACUCGGUGAAGUUUGGUGGCAAGGUGUUCAUCAUCGGCGUUGGGAAGAGCGAGCUUACGUUCCCUUUCAUGCAUCUAAGUGCCAACGAGAUUGACCUCAGUCUUCAAUACCGAUACGCAAACCAGUACCCUAAAGCAAUUCGUCUCGUUGCUGGUGGAUUGAUCAACCUCAAGCCCUUGGUUACCCAUCGGUUCAAGCUCGAAGACGCAGUUUCCGCUUUCCAUGUCGCAGCUGACCCGUCGCAAGGCGCGAUCAAGGUGCAAAUAACUGACUGA